AUGGUGCUCCCUUCUUUUAUACGGCUUGCUAGAAUAUCAACUAGACUUCGUCAUGCUAGAAUUCAUUACUCCAAUCGUCAUCGUCAACCAUUCUUUCAAGCAUCGUUCCCUUAUCUAAACACUAGUUACUACUACCAAGGGUUACUGAAACGUCAUGAAUUUUUUCAUAAAACUCGGUGGUGGUCGAGAGCAGAGACCGGAUCCACAAGUCAAUCGACUACGUUCCCCGGUAUAGCAGAUGGUCAUUAUGGAGUCUACUACUCUAUGUACAAUCACGAAUGUGAACGAAAAGACCGUCAACGGGCAUAUGAAAAUUAUAUCAGACGUUACAUGAUCAAGCAAAUGGAGCGGGGUGAUAGGACAAAGUUCAAACAGUGUGUGUUUAUGAAUAUGUGCAAACAUCAUCAUCAUCAUCAUCAUCAUCAUCAUCGUUGGUCAAAGUGUGGUGGUGGUCAUAGGCACAGAUGGAAUCACAGAUCACAUAAACAUUAUAGAGGACUAUUCCAUGUUAAGCUUUUGCUCCUUGGGAUAGCAGCUAGAUUUAUAAUUUCCAAAGCCAUAAAGGAUACUCAAAUUGGCUUGGAAAAUGUAAAGACCGCCACGUAUAGACUAACAUCAUCGUGUUACGUCAAACCCGCCGGGUAUUUCAUCAACGCAGGUGCAAGCUUUCAUUCGUCAAGUUUGUCAUCUUCUAGAUUGACUGAUUCCCGCACAAAUGGUGAUGUGUUCUCCAUUGGUCUUUCAAGGAGGUCAUUCACUACAGUUUCUCAAACACUUUUCCAACAAUUAACCAAGACGUCACAGAAGUCGCCAACGAAAGUUGGAGUGGAGGAUUCAUUCGAAAACGGUUUCUUGGAGUCACAAAUCGCCAAUAUAACCAACGCUUUUGAGAAUUAUGGAGAUAAGAAAGACCUUGACAUGAUAUAUCCCUUGUAUCAGUCUAUCAAGCGUAAUGGGCUAACUUUGCCUAGCGUGGAGCUAUACAACAUGGUCUUGAAAUCCAUCAUUGACAGGUUUAUUGAUAAUGAAGUCGAAAUCGGUGCCAUUGAGAGAAAGUUGACCAAUUUGCUUACAGUGUAUCAGGAUAUUCUUUAUGCAAACUUGAAACCUGAUAAUGAAACUUACAAUUUAGUUGUCAAUGCAAUGUUGGAUAGUACUUUGAAGUGUUCACUUGUGCAAUGCGAAAACUACAUCGAGUUUAACGAAAUAUCCACGAAAUCCAAAGAGUUUGCCCAAAUUGCAUUUGAAUUGGUGGAAUCUUCUUCGAAACAUGUGCUGUUCAAGAGUGUAUUUGAUAAGGUUGUCAAAUUAUCAAAGUUGUAUCCUGGUCUUGUCAGCGAACUGAUUGUGGGAUCUUUUGUGCAAAUGUUGGACAAAGUAGAUUGUGAUGAGCCUGCUUAUUGUCUCAACGUGUUGGAACUUUCCUCAUUUUUGAGCCAGUUAGAAUCCUAUGACGAGAAACAAGCAUACACCAUCAUUGGAGAAACGUACAAGAAGAUCAGUAAACUAGACAAUAUCGACGAGUAUGCGGUGUAUCAAUCGUUGAUAAAUGCUUUAGUUUACAACAGCCAGUUGAGUUCAGCUAGUCAAUUAUUGGACAACAUAUUAAUGGAUUACAAAGAGUCAUUACAAUUUUCCAAUCGUCCAUCUAAGGCAAAAGUGAGCUGUUUGAUUGCCGCUUUUUUAAAAGCAUAUGCAGUCAAGACUAAUGCGGUGGAUUCUUUGGAACUAUUGAAGAAAUUUCAACACGUACCGUACUUGCCUGAAUUGCCCAUUUGGUUUUACAAUUUCAUCAUUGUCAAGUUACAGGAGUUUCCCGACAGGUACGAUGACAUGUGGGCGUUGUACAACCGUGUUGCAUUGAGAAAAGAUUUUCAGUCAACUUCCACCAUAGACAUGAUGAAGGAUACAAAUGGAUUGUCAUGUCGAGAUGUUCUCCUUGGUCUUGCUAUUUGUAAAGGUGACCACGAGAGGGUUUUCCAAUUGGUGAAGGAAAUCAUGUUGAAAGAACACUUGAUUGGCGAUUCCCAGGUUUUGCGUAUGGUCUUGGACUACUUGAAUAACGGAGUUGUCAAUAACAGAUCACAAGGUGAAUAUUUCAAUCAAUAUUACCUAGGACUACUUCAUCUGUUGUUACUGAUACAAGCAAAGCAUUAUCAAACCUCGACGAAUCUCAAUGACUUUGUGUCCGAGUUUGUCCAAUAUUUGACAAUUUCAGUUCCUAGUCAACUCGCUGGUCAUGAUAUGGCAUUAGCCAGUAUUUCCAACUACAAUGUACAGUUGCUUAUGAAUUCACCAAUACCAAUCAAAUGUGUUGAGUCAUUUGAUCUCCAAUCGGACAAUCUCUAUGGGCUCAAUGUUAUUGCACGUCAUUUGUUGCAAUAUGCAGGUGCAGACCCGGAUAUCUCACUCAAGGUUGCUGACUUUGAAGCUCAUUUGAUCAAUCAAUUUGAAGAUCCAGGCAAUCACUAUCUCGAAUUGACCAAUGAUAUUGUCGAACUAAAGAACGCUUUGAAAACCCAUUUCACAAAAGUGAUCGCCAAUUUGAAUGGAUGUUCCACUCCAGCUAUUAAUAGAGCUUGUCAAUACUUGAAUUUGGUAGGUGAAGGUGCCACUGAGUCAGUCAAACUUUCAAUCGACCAGGAUUUGAGUUACUUGUUGAAUAUCAACUAUGAAAAGGGAGUUGCAGCUUUUAUUGAAUUGUUUGGUCAAGGUUACACCUUUGAUGUAAAAACUUGGAACGCGCUUUUGAAUUACAACUUCGUCAAUGAAUAUUUGCCAAGGAUUGAUGUUGCAUCAAUGUUGGACAGAAUGUGGAUGACGGGGCGCGAGGACAAGAGUAAGCUAUUUUUACUUGACAGAUUGAUAGCUUACAAUGAUCAACACGUGAAUGGAGAAGUACUUGCGUUUUUGGUGCGUGAAAACAUCUUCUUCACCAAAUUGUUGACCAGGUUGUUUCAAUCCAGUGUUGGAUCUAGCAUUAGUGAGUUUAAUUUCGAAUUGAUCUAUCUGAACAAUUCAGAUGUUGAGUGGGUAACUGCAUAUUUCAACUAUUUGAAGCAUCAUGGAUACUAUGAGGAAAUUAAGAAAUGCAGCAAACUUGUACACGACAAAUCCGAAGAACUAAAGAUGUUUGAACUUGAGGCUGAAUUGGAGACUAACCCACGUGGUUUCUCCAAGUUGGUGGAAACUUUGCAAGUCGCUCCUGACAAUACCAAACUUGUUGAAUUACAAAUAAAACACGAGCUAAAGUCUGGCGUCAAAGCCAGCGACAUUUUAAGCAGAGACUAUCCAUCCAACUCGCCUCAAGUGAUUGAGUCGUUGUCAUUUGUUAGGUUUUUGGAUUCAUUGCAACAACACAAGUUUGAAUACGCCAGAAGCAAUUUCGUUUCACUUGAUCACAUGGCAAGCUCUUUACUUGCGUGUGGUAACUUGCAACAAAUGAAGUAUAUAAUCGAGAACAAUGCAAUCGAAGACGCAUCCAAGCUAGUUUCAAGCAUGUUGCGAAUGUUGAUUGAUGCAGUACCUCAUGCUACGGCAAAAUCAAUCAUCAACAGACUAAUGGUCUUGAUUAAGUUCUACAAGUUGUUGAGUAUAGGCUCUAUCAUACCAGUCGAGCAAUUUUUACAAAUCAUCACCUUGUUAAAGUUGACCAAAUCGGACUUGUUGUCAGUUUUAACCAAUAGAAUAAUAAUGAAUCGUAAUGGAGAUGUUGGUGGUGUCAUUUCCAAUAUUGUCAAUUUUUAUUUCUUGGAAGUUCAGUUGUUUGAUAAAGAAUCAAAACAACUAGUUUAUAAUUGUUUAGGGACGAAUUAA